ACAAUAUAUAUGAUAUACAUGAUAAGUUACGCAUAUAUUAUGAAAAUUAGAUUUGGCAAUAAAUAACAUUAAAUUAAAUAUUAAGUACUAAACAUGUAGUGAUUACAGUUUAAUUUCGGUAAAACGUCAGGAACAGUUUUUAAUAUCAAUUACAACUUUUUUAAAUUAAUUUGUAAUGCAUUAAGUUUUAAACAAUAUUAAAAAUAUUAAUAGUGUUCUAAGCUUUGUCAUUUGAAAAGAUUUUCCAGUAAUAACGAUAAGUCGACGAUCGUAGCAUCUCUAAUAAAAAGGAAAAUUUGAACUCGCAAACCAAAGACGCCGGCCAAGGAGUGUUUACAAAAAAGUGACGAAGGUGUUGUACAAAAGUAUUCGUAUAAAACACGUGCAUAUCAAAAAUAUGGUUUUGGCAAAAGUGCCAAUUACUCCACAAUGGAAUUUAACAAACGGAUGUGUUUGCACACCGGAUGGUGGUUUCCUUUAUGUAGGUUCACGCAGUAUUAACUAUGUCGGUCCAAUUCAACAAGUUGAUGGCGGCGACGAUGAAAAUAAGCCGCCGGUCAUCAAAGUUUUCCACACACGUCAAAGUAUAUUGAGUAUAGAUGUAGAUCCCGGGUGGCCAAUAGACACUGCCACAGCAGUGAAAGCCUCCGAAAAUACUACUGAAGUGGCAAAAACUCCGACCACUAACAAUCAACAAAAGUACUUUGCCGCCUUGGCACAGGAUAAUUCCGUACAGAUUUGGGAUUUCAACCGUGGUUGUGCGGUGAGUGGCCAUAAGGCUCACUUUAGCACUGCGUUGUAUAUGGAUGGCAAUGGACCAUCGCCGCAAGGUGAUCAUGUGCUAUUAAGUUAUAUGCGCAAUCGCAAUGUGCUGUCGGUCAAUGCACAAGAUAUUGUGGUGUAUUGCGUGGCGUCUAAUACUUAUUGUCGCCGACCAAUGUUUAUUUCUAGCAAAAAUCAAACACUAACGGUGCUACGCUGCUCGCCAUACAAUGAACAUAUCUUUGCUGUAGGCAACAAUCGUGGUUUGGUUGUAAUUGGUGACUUACAAAGUAUGAGCACAUUAUAUAUGUUACGUGGGCAUGAAGCUGCAAUAACUUCACUUUCAUGGUGUCCACAAAAUGUGGCACCAUUUAAACAGCAAAAAUGUGCGCUAAAAAACGAAAACCAGACCGCGAAAACUUUAACUGAGGAACCCCAACAGAUAAUUGAGGAUGCAAAGCAGUCAAACGCUGCACCAAAGCAAAAUUCUAAAACGCAAAAUAAUGCGAAAAAAUCGAUUAUGCCAGUCGGUAAUGAUGACAUCUUCGACAUCUAUGACUACGACUAUUUGGAAAAUGAAUUUGGUGCUCCAACAGAAACGGAAAAGAAAGCGAAAGAAACUGCUGAAGAAAUUGUUACUGAAAAGUCUAUGGAAUGUGGUCCAACAACAAAUUUUGAUUUUGUCGAAGCAUGCCAAAGUCUUAAAGGGGAAAUAGAUGCUUUGAAGCAGGAGCAAGAUUACGGAGAUGGUGAUUCCAAACAAUUGCCCGAUGUCACGCUGGCCGAUUGCCAAAAGGUAGCUUGUGCUGACAAUUUAUCUUCCAGUUGCGGUGGCGACAGCGGUGAGUCAACCGAAGGUAGCUUAGAUUUAGCUGAGCGUUCAUCGGACGACGAAGUUUGCGUCGAUGGUGGAGAGUUAAAUCCAAAACAACAAAUACUUCAUCAGGCAGAAGUGCAUGCAGAGCAAUCCAACGAGUUAGAAAAAAAAGAAAUUAAAGAGAAGUCGGAUUUUGUCACUACUAAGCCUGUUGAUGAUGAUAAACGCACUGUGACUUCAGAAAGCAAUUCGGAACAACCGUCCAUAGACGGAGUGAUAUCUCAAGACAAUUCUAACACUGCCGAAAAGAAAGAUCAGCAACCCUCACUGUUGGCUUCCGCUAGUGUUGAUGGCAGUUUUUGGAUUUGGAAUACAAACACCGGCGCAAGUUGUGACCGCUUGCGUGCUAUAAACGCAGGCAAACAUGGCAAAAACACCAGCAUACAAAUUGACUGGCUGAGCUCAACCGAAUUCCUAACCACAAAUAAAACUGGUGAACUGUCACUUUGGUCAAUGGUACAAGAUACACCAACUACUGCCACAAAUCCGCAACAGCAACGUUACAAGUUCAAAGCAGACAAUAAAAAAUCGUUUCUUCAGCGCAGCGUCAUGUCCUUCAGCAUUUCGCAUGCACACAGCUUGCUCUGGUGCUUGUCAUCGUAUCGUGAAAUAAGUUGCGAAAAUUUGCAGACUGAAAAACUGUUGCUCAAAUAUUGUUGUGCUUCCACGAAUGUUUCGGCGAUGCGUGAGUGCCCGGAUGAUAUGAAUAAAAUUGCUUUGGCUUUCUCGGAUCGUCGUGUUGGUAUCAUUGACAUAUCCAAGAUGUCUGCCACUAAUGUGUUCAUCGAAAAUUUUAUAUCGCGCAUCGAUGCUUCUGUCUUGGCGCUUGUUUGGAGUCCGGAUAGUAAGCGCUUGGCAUUUGGUACGCUAGAGGGCAGGGUCGGCAUCAUCCAUGUGGAGUCUGGUAAACCCACCAUCACUUUCAACCCAUUCUGUGGCAAGCCCAUUUAUUCCAUUGAUUGGCAAGGCGAUCACAUUUUCGUGGUUAGCAACGAUAUUUUGGCCGUUUACGAUACAAAUUCGGAGCAAAAAGAUGCACACGUCAUCCGUGAGGUUAAAAGCAUCUCAACUGUGUCGGUACAUGAUAACUUGCUUUACGUUGGUACCCAACGCGGACACGUACAAGUGUACCAUCGGAAUCCCAAUCUCGCAUACUCCUACACCCUAGUACAGGAUGUACCGUUAGCACCACGUUACAUCACUGAAAUCUCUUGGAGCCCAAUAGCCAGCGACCAUGUCGCUGUUGUGGCCAAUGCCAACAACAUACACAUACUGAAAUCGCACUCGCCAGAUGGUGUACUUACACCGGUGCGACGUAUUGAGAUCAAAAACCCCAAGGCUGCCAAUGCCUGCGUCAAAUGGAGCAAUCGCAAUGCCAACGAGUUUCUCACGUGCGGAUUCGACGGUGGCGUACGUGUUUGGGAUCUAAAUUCGACUACGAAUGAUGAGAAAUUCCUCAAACAAUUUCCCUGUCCCAUGACAUGUGGUCUGUUCUUUCCGACCGAUGAGGCAAUUGUGAUGUGCGCCGGCAAAUCAACUUCGGUGGAGCUCUUCGAUAUGCGUUUGGAGGAGUCUGUGGUUUAUUCGGCGUCGAAAUGGAAGCGCUCCAACUUGCACACUUUGGACCAAGUAAAAUGGGCCAUGAAAGUACCCACACGCACCGAAACGACAAAACCAUUGACGGCAGCUGAGAAGCGUCGUCUCAAACGCGCUGAAAUCGAUAAUGUAGGGAAGACCGAACUCGGGGAGUGUACGAACGGUGCUGCAGGUAAUGGUGAGGGUGGCGCUGAGGUGACCGAUCUGUUUAACGCGAUGAAGUUGAAUGAGCAAAACACGACGGUAGCGGUGGUGGAGAAGGCAGAAGGUCAAGCGAAGCCGGAGACAAAAGUGGCAAAAAGCCGCGAGGAUAAUAUGGACUGGAGUUACGGCUCGAUAUUCAUGAGGACUCCGUCCACUGUAUUGAGCUGGACUAGCAAGGAGCUCAAUAAAAAUGUUUUGGAUAAAUUGAAUAUGGUUUUAAGCAAACCAGGACCGCAAGGUUUUCUAUGCCCCAAAUUAUUUGGUACUAAAGCGGAUGCCGAAAAACUUUUGCAAAUAGAAUUAAGUCAUAUUAGGAGGUCGAAACCCACGGGCAUACACAACUUAUUUCUGACGCAGUUAAAUUCUUCUACUCUCAAAGAGGAGAUAAUGCUUUGUCUAACGAAAAAACAGCUGAGCGAAUGGCAUGUCGCCUUGGCACCAACCAUAUCAUACAAAUUUUGGCAAAACGUGUGCCAGUCCUUCGCCGAGCAACUACUAGAAAAGGGCUAUGCUCUGCAAGCAGCUACCUACAUGAUGGCGAUGCAUCGUCAUGCGGAAGCCAUCGAAAUGCUCUUGUCGAAAUACUACUACACGGAAGCGCUACUGAUCGGACGCGUUCAUUUGCAAGACGACGAUCCGUUAUUGGUGGCCAUAAUCGAUAAAUGGAUUGCACAUUUAGCUAUGGCAGGCAACCUUACUGGGUCGGCGUUGAUUUCCGUACUCAGUGGACAGUUUAAUCGUGCCCAUGACAUCCUAUCUAAGGUGCGUAAUAUUUAUCCGGAAAUCGAACGGGUCCUGGAAAAGUUGAAUAGAAAGCAACAGCAGACAAAUAAAUAGGAUCAGUAAACACUUUGUUAUUUACAAAAACAAUACAUACAUAUGAAAAACCAUAUUUAAAUUGUGCGAGCGCAUACAUUUCUCAAUAAUAGUUAUAUAUUUACAUAUAUACAUGCAUACAUACACAUAUGUUGAAGUAUAGUAGUGUUUAGGAAUUGCUUGAAUGGCAUUGUUAUUGUUUACUCUACUUUUACGUUAUUGUAACAGUAAAAUCUCUAAUUUUCAUAAUUUUUAUACAAAUGAAUUUCUAAGUAACUGUUUUUGAAAACCAUGAGGAAAUAAAGAAAUGAACUCAAAGUUGAAAAA